AUGACACAGCGUUUUGUCAAACUUACUGCAGAAAAUAAAACAGGUUUUUGGCAUUGGCUGCGUCAGUGGCUAGUAAUUGAUCCAAAUCGUUCUUCGGGACUUACACGUAAUAAUCAAUUCCGGAAGCCAUCUCCAGGGACGCCUGCAAAGCCAUAUAUCGGCCCAUUAAAUCUUCCCGCAUCCGAUAUUGCAGAGAAUCCAUAUUGGAAACGAGAUGCUCGUCGUAACUAUCCUCGGCUCAGUGUAGUUACACAGGAAACACUUGCAGAAUUGCUCUUAUUAGGCAAUGCUAAAUGUUCAGCAACAACUAAUGUGUCUGAAACAUCUGAAACAAGUAUCGAGCCUGCUACCAACCGUUCAUUAUCAGUCACUCUUCAACAUGUCCCAUCUGCCGAGGUUCAGAGUAUGAUGCUUACUAAGAAAGGUAUUGCACCUCUUCCUGGUAAGCCGUAUCACUGGUUGUUGGAUCAACAAGGCGGUUAUCCUUCAAGUAAGUCAAUUUUUAUGCAGCAUUCUGUAAAGAAACUGGGAAAAUGCAGUAAAACAGCUAUUCAAAUCUACUAA